AUGUAUCUAUCUAUCUACACAGUUAACGAGUUGACGUUGAAUCAAAACGACUUUACUAAGCGGUUAGUUUCCAUCAAAUCAAUCCACCCCGUUGAACCAUUCCAAAUUGCCAAGCGCGCACGAUCCAUCGAUAAUCGACCAUUGUCACACACAUAAACCAAAACCAAAAAUAAAAAAAUAAAAAUAAAAAAGUGACACCCCUGACCUGAGCUAGGUAAACCUUAAUUCACGACCUGGUUUUCCUCGACGAACGAGAAACGAUAUGUCAAUGGAGGAGAGCGAGCAAAUGAAGCAACUGAACGACAUAUUCAAGCGCUUCGACAUGGACUCCGACGGCAGCCUGACGCACCUGGAGCUGGCGGCGCUGCUCCGGUCGCUGGGCAUAAAACCCACCGGCGACGAGAUCUACGCGCUGCUGUCGAACAUGGACGAGAACGGCAACGGCUACAUCGAGUUCGACGAGCUCGUGCAUGCCAUCAUGCCGGACAUAAACGAGAACGUGCUCAUCAACCAGGAGCAGCUCUUGGAGGUCUUCCGCUCCUUCGACCGCGACGGCAACGGCUACAUCACCGCCUCCGAGCUCGCCGGCUCCAUGGCCAAGAUGGGUCACCCCCUCACCUACCGCGAACUCGCCUCCAUGAUGGCCGAGGCCGACAGCAACGGCGACGGCGUCAUCAGCUUUAACGAGUUCGCCGCCCUCAUGGCCAAGUCCGCCGCCGACUUCCUCGGCAUCAAGGUCGCCUGAACAAAAUUCGUUUCUUCUCUUUAAGGUUUAGAUUUGUAACAUAAAACAGGUUGGGUAGAAUGUAUAAGAUUUUAUGUUCGAAUUUUGACGUUGUCAUUGUAAUUUUAAUGAAUAAAAAAAUUGUAAUGUAAUUAUAUUUUAUAUUAAUUAGAAUGUGUUUGAUUUUACGUUCAAAUGCAUGCCUCCAAACAGAUCUUUGUACAUUUUAAUGUUCAAUAGAUUGAAGAAAAGGUGGGUUACUUUGAAUUUAACGUUUUUCAAACAUACA